AAGCCAACCCAGCUUUUUUCGGCUGCAUCAUGUCGCCAUGGCUGGGCGCGGGCGCGUCGCCGUCGGCCCAUCCGACUCCGAGCGCGCUCCCGAGCGCACGGAGCGCUUGCCGCGGGCAGUGGUGGAACAGCUGCGCCUGGUGCACCUGGCGCAGCUGGACGAGCUCUCGGAGCUGCGCGCCAGGAUCCGCACCUCGAGGAGUCUCUUCGGGCGGCUGCAGGACCUGCGGGGCCAGCUGUCUGGCGCCCGCGCCAAGGAGGCGGUGCUGGCGAAGGCAGCGGCCGAGUGCUUGGAGGAGCUGCUCCAGAAGCAUCAGACGGUGGAGCAGCUCCGCGCUGAGCUGGCGGAGGUGGAGCUGGGCUGCGGUCAGGGCGAGGCCCAUCUGUCGGUGCUGCGGCACAUCGCCGAGAAGCUGCGCCAGGAGGCGGUCGCCAAGGAGAAAGAGGCCAAAGAACGUGCGGAGAAAGAGGCCAAGCAGAAGGAGGCUCUUGCAGAGAAAGAAGCCAAGGAGAAGGAGGCUAAGGACCUUGCAGAGAAAGAAGCCAAGGAGAAGGAGGCUAAGGACCUUGCAGAGAAAGAGGCCAAGGAAAAGGAUGCCGCGGUUAGAGGGGACAUCGGAGCCCCAAAGGACAAGGACGCGCCCAAGGCGGAAGACCCGUCGCCCGCCGCGGAAGCGACAAUCCCGCCCGACCCCUUGGAGGACGAGCGCAGCCGUGCUGCUGUCAAGUUGCAGGCCGGCAAAGCUGCGAGGGAAGAGGUAGAGGAGCAAGACGACGCUAAAGCAGAGCAAGUCGCGCCUUUGACUGAGGGUCGCUCCAACGAGGCCCAGAAACCAGACACGGCCGCUGUCCAGCAAGCUCCCACCAAGGCUGCGCCCGCUAAGGCUGCGCCCGCUGAGGCUGCGCCCACCAAGGCUGCGCCCACCAAGGCUGCGCCCGCUGAGGCUGCGCCUGCUGAGGCUGCGCCUGCUGAGGCUUGGCCAGAGGAAGAGGCUUGGCCGGAGGAAGGGGAGCAAGAAGCUGAAGGGAAGAAGAAGCACCGGCGGGGGAAAAAGCCCAAGGAGGAGGAGGAGACCGCACAGGAGAGAGCGGAGACAGGGGAAAAGAAGCAACUCCCAGAAGGGGACAGCGGCCAGAAUGCGACGACAGAGGAACCAAAAGCGGAGGUGCUUGCAGAGAAAGAAAAGCCAGCAGAGAAGCGGCCUAGCCAGCAAAGCCAGAAGGCUCAGGAGGUUGAAGGCAAAAAAGCGGAGGCGCCUACACAGAAGCGGCCUAGCCAGCAGACUCAGGAGAUUGAAGGCCAAAAGGCUGAGGCGCCUACAGAGAAGCGGCCUAGCCAGCAAAGCCAGAAGGCUCAGGAGGUUGAAGGCAAAAAAGCGGAGGCGCCUACACAGAAGCGGCCUAGCCAGCAGACUCAGGAGAUUGAAGGCCAAAAGGCUGAGGCGCCUACAGAGAAGCGGCCUAGCCAGCAAAGCCAGAAGGCUCAGGAGGUUGAAGGCAAAAAAGCGGAGGCGCCUACACAGAAGCGGCCUAGCCAGCAGACUCAGGAGAUUGAAGGCCAACAGGCUGAGGCGCCUACAGAGAGGCGGCCCAGCCAGCAAAGCCAGAAGGCUCAGGAGGUUGAAGGCAAAAAAGCGGAGGCGCCUACACAGAAGCGGCCUAGCCAGCAGACUCAGGAGAUUAAAGGCCAAAAGGCUGAGGCGCCUACAGAGAAGCGGCCUAGCCAGCAAAGCCAGAAGGCUCAGGAGGUUGAAGGCCAACCCUCCUCUGCUUCUUCUUCGCCUAGAAAGUCUGCCUCGGUUGCUCGUAGCUCGGUGAAAGAGGCGGAGAGCCCAGGAAGUGAGGCGAGCGAGGCGGGGGACGAUGUCAAGGAGCUGGGUCUUGUGCCUGGCGCCUUUGCGCCGGACCCUGUGGAGGUGGCGGUGACGCGGAAAAGCGCAGGGGUCGCCUUCAAACAAGAGCCGGUGCAGGAGGAGGCAGAAGACGAUGGCUGGGAUGACGAAGAUGACGAUGACUGGCAGCCGACGCCUAAAGUGGAGGAAAAGAAAGGCUCGAAAGACAAGAAGCCAGCAAAGGAGAAGGAGGCUAAGGACCUUGCAGAGAAAGAGGCCAAGGAAAAGGAUGCCGCGGUGAGAGGGGACAUCGGAGCCCCAAAGGACAAGGACGCGCCCAAGGCGGAAGACCCCUCGCCCGCCGCGGAAGCGACAAUCCCGCCCGACCCCUUGGAGGACGAGCGCAGCCGUGCUGCUGUCAAGUUGCAGGCCGCCUGGCGCGGCAAAGCUGCGAGGGAAGAGGUGGCAUACAAGCAGAGGCUGCGGAAAGGUGCGCAGCGGAUGUCGGCCAUUGCGGGUAUGGACGACCUGCUUGCGGGGCUGCUGGAUGACGACGAGGAAGAGGCUUGGGAAGAGGCAGAGGAAGAGGCGCAGGAGGAAGAAGAGGAAGAGGUAGAGGAGCAAGACGACGCUAAAGCAGAGCAAGUCGCGCCUUUGACUGAGGGUCGCUCCAACGAGGCCCAGAAACCAGACACGGCCGCUGUCCAGCAAGCUCCCACCGAGGCUGCGCCCGCUGAGGCUGCGCCCACCAAGGCUGCGCUCGCUGAGGCUGCGCCCGCUGAGGCUGCGCCUGCUGAGGCUUGGCCAGAGGAAGAGGCUUGGCCGGAGGAAGAGGCUUGGCCGGAGGAAGGGGAGCAAGAAGCUGAAGGGAAGAAGAAGCGCCGGCGGAGGAAAAAGCCCAAGGAGGAGGAGGAGACCGCACAGGAGAGAGCGGAGACAGGGAAAGAGAAGCAACUCACAGAAGGGGACAGCGGCCAGAAUGUGAAGACAGAGGAACCAAAAGCGGAGGUGCUUGCAGAGAAAGAAAAGCCAGCAGAGAAGCGGCCUAGCCAGCAAAGCCAGAAGGCUCAGGAGGUUGAAGACAAAAAAGCGGAGGCGCCUACACAGAAGCGGCCUAGCCAGCAGACUCAGGAGAUUGAAGGCCAAAAGGCAGAGGCGCCUACAGAGAAGCGGCCUAGCCAGCAAAGCCAGAAGGCUCAGGAGGUUGAAGGCAAAAAAGCGGAGGCGCCUACACAGAAGCUGCCUAGCCAGCAGACUCAGGAGAUUGAAGGCCAACAGGCAGAGGCGCCUGUAGAGAAGCGGCCCAGCCAGCGAAGCCAGAAUUUCGAGAAGGCUCAGGAGGUUGAAGACCAAAAAGCAAAGGCGCCUGAGCAGAAGCGAGCUAGCCAGCAAAGUCAGAAGGCGGAGCAAAAGACGAACGCCAAGGUGGAUAAGCCUCAGCCAGCACCCUCCUCUGCUUCUUCUUCGCCUAGAAAGUCUGCCUCGGUUGCCCGUAGCUCGGUGAAAGAGGCGGAGAGCCCAGGAAGUGAGGCGAGCGAGGCGGACAUUUUUGAGUGCAAGGCGGGGGACGACGUCAAGGAGCUGGGUCUUGUGCCUGGCGCCUUUGCGCCGGACCCUGUGGAGGUGGCGGUGACGCCCGGCUCUUGGGCUGCCAAGAUGGGGGUGGCGGAUGGAGACUUGCUGGUGAAGAUCAACGGCCAAAACGUGGAGGUGAUGGACAAGAAGGAGAUGAAGCGGGCUAUGCGUGAGCGGCCAUUGCUGCUCACCUUCCAGCGCUUAGCCUUUGAGACCCCCGAAGAGUCUGAGGAGGAGGUGGAGGCCUUCGAGGCCGUGGCGCCGGCGGAUGUCACGGACCUGGGCCUUUUUCCGGCCGCCUUCCCUCCGGAGGCCAUGGUCAUCGAGCGGGUGAUUGCUGGCGGCUGGGCCGCCCAGCAGGGCGUCCAGGUGGGGGACGAGCUCACAGAGAUCGGGGGCCGCCCCGUGCAGGAGCUCACGGUCAAGGAGACCAAGCGCGCCAUGCGCGAGCGACCUCUGAAGCUGACCUUCCAGCGCUCGGAGUUGGAAAACUCGGAGCUGAGCAAAACCGACACGCAGACGUCCCCGGGCUCCCCGGCGUCUCCGGCAGCACCGGCCAAGGCGCGGAAGUCCAAGGCCCCGCCUCAGGAUGACGUGCUCACGGCCGCCCGAAAGUCCCUGGCACUGCUCAUCCCCGAUGACUUGAACCCCCUAGCCGCCGGCGCCAGCCAGAGCUCCGCCCGUGGCAAGAGCGUGCGGAAAAGCGCAGGGGUCGCCUUCAAACAAGAGCCGGUGCAGGAGGAGGCAGAAGACGAUGGCUGGGAUGACGAAGAUGACGAUGACUGGCAGCCGACGCCUAAAGUGGAGGAAAAGAAAGGCUCGAAAGACAAGAAGCCAGCAAAGGAGGAGAAGAAGGUAGACAAGAAAGGAGACAAGAAGGAGGCCGUGAAGGAAGGCAAGGCUGACAAGAGCAAGGCAGCGGAGAAGACAAAGGAUAAGGGCGACAAGGGCAAGGAGAAAGCGUUGGACAAGGUGAAGGAGAAGCUGAAGGAGGUGAAAGAGAAGGCAAAGGAGGAGGCGCCACCGCCACACAAGGUCUUCGCCACAGCCGCAGACCUUCGCUUGGGCUUCAAGGUGGACUGGCCCCCCAACCCUGCCUAUGUCACCAAGGUCAACGGCGGAAGCUGGGCGGAGAUGGUGCAGGUUGAGCUAGGCAUGCGGCUGGACCGCAUCAACAGCAAGGACGUGGCCAAGAUGAGCAAGGAAAAGCUGAAAAAGCUGCUGGAUGACGAGAGGCCGUUGGAGCUGGCCUUUGUCAAAGACAAGAAGAAGAAGAAGCCUCCAGCCAAGGGUGAGCCUCAGGCAGAGAGUGUGCUGGGCGCCAUGUUUGGCUGACGGUCACUCACUUCACGGGGUUCCGGGCUUUGGUA